AUGGCUGCACAAGUCCGCCGACGACCGAAUUGCUUUAAUCUUUGGCACCAGCUGAAACUAUUGGAGCGUAUCGGGACCUUGGAGUCAUCUCAGAAGGCAUGGGCAAAUGCUGGUGAGCUGGCUGAAGCAUACCAAUUGGGAAAGUGGGAGAGCUCAGCAGCCUUCAAACUACUCAAUGAUGUGCCCACGAGAACGUGCGAAGACUUGCAACAGCUCGUCAAGCGGUUCUCCAUGCAAAAAUUCUUGACGCAUGAAGCGGUGGCUGAAGGUGUGUUCAACCGCGACUAUUGCUCGGCUGGGCCCACACUGGUUGCAUGGCAGACUCAGCUGAUCAACAACGAUGACAUUUUGAUGCUUCUUGUUGAGCGGCUGGAGCUAGACUUUGUCCAUACGCCCCUGAAGUUUCGAAAACCAUGGCGCUAUGAUCAAUGCGAACCUUUGCAAUUAUUGAGGCGCUUUGAAAGUGAGUGUGAAUGA